UGCAUCCUCCCUCUUUUGACUGAUGUCUCUACGUAUGAAUUUGAUACGUUUGAAUCACCACCACAAGAGCGGUGUAAGUAAUAAUGGUGUCCAGUAUGACGUUGGCGUCGGAGGGAGUGUAUUGUGGCUCGAGCUGGGAAUGCGGUGGUGGUGACUCGGUGGUCGGGAGCGAGUUGGAAGCGGCCGAGGCUCUGGCUGGCCUGGCCCAUUCCGGGUUGCCGACUCACCGAGUCAAGACCGAGUCGCCGCCUCCACACUCGGGAGGAACUAACCCUCAAGAAGACGCAGCACUACUUCGUCCUCCGUGUCCCUCCGAGGAUCAAGCAGGAGUUGUUAAGCAGCAAGGUGCAGUUAUAUGCACCCUAAAGAUGGAGGGGAUGGACUUUGAGCAGGAAGCUGAAUUUCAUAAACCAAGUCAUAUCAGCAACUCAAGUUAUGUAUCUUGUAGUGGUAGCAAGUCAAGACCACAGUUAACUGAGGCUGAGAAGGAAGCGCGAAGAUUACGCAGGGUUUUAGCCAAUAGAGAGUCUGCUAGACAGACAAUUCGCCGUAGGCAGGCGAGUUUUGUUUAGGCAACCCAAUGCUUAUGUGGUUCCUUAAACAUCAGCCAGAAAUUAUUGGCUUAGAUUUGUUAGGCUUUCCAUUUGCUCUAGUUGAAGGAUGUGUGUUUUUCCUCUCGUUUGCUUUGUUUUCUCAUUACAUGCAAUCUGGGCUUGCAUGUUUUUCUUUUUACCUUCUUUAUUUAUCACUAAACUUUUCUUAUACCCAUGUUUCAGUUUCAAUUCAAUUUU